UGGAAACAAUUCGUGGAAGAUUGCGAGGAAAAAACUCUCCACACUUCGGUGAAGCAACGCGGCAAUCAACGAAAUCUCCACUCUACUCGUCCAUUUCGAUUUUACUCCCAGUGGCAUUUACUACGUUACUUCGUUACUCCCAGACUAACGUAACGAUGUCGGGAAAUCUAGACAUUCUCGCCCUGAAGGAUGAGGACGUUACCAAGAUGCUGGCCGCGACCACCCACGUCGGCAGCACCUCCGUCAACUUCCAGAUGGAAUCGUACGUGUUCAAGCGCCGCCCGGACGGUGUGCACAUCAUCAAUCUCGGUCGCACCUGGGAAAAGUUGCUGCUGGCGGCGCGUUGCAUUGCCAGCAUCGAGUACCCCGGUGAGGUCUUCGCCAUCUCAUCGCGUCCGCUGGGACAGCGUGCCGUACUGAAGUUUGCGCACUACACCGAAGCAACCCCGAUUGCCGGCCGUUUCACGCCCGGUGCCUUCACCAAUCAGAUCCAGCCGGCAUUCCGUGAGCCUCGUCUGCUGAUCGUGACGGAUCCGUUAACCGAUCAUCAACCCGUGACGGAGGCGUCGUACGUCAACAUUCCGGUCAUUGCCUUCUGCAACACCGACUCGCCGCUUAAGUUCGUCGAUAUUGCCAUCCCGUGCAAUACCAAGGCACCGCACUCGAUCGGAUUGAUGUGGUGGCUGUUGGCCCGUGAGGUUCUGCGGCUGCGCGGAAAAAUCACCCACGACAAGUGGGACAUCAAGCCGGAUCUGUUCUUCUAUCGUGAUCCGGAGGAGGCGGAGAAGGAACAGGCAGCUAUCGAAGCUGCUCCGGCUGCCAAGGAUCAGUAUCCGGAUGAAGCCAUCGUACCGGUGGAGGAAGGUGCAACAUGGACCAGUGAUGAUGCACCGGCUCCGGCUGCUGCUGCGGCUUCGGCACAGCCGGCUGCCAUUCCGGCUCUGAUGCAGUCCGAUGAUUGGAACGAAGAUGAUACCCAGACCGCGGCAACGUGGGGAGGUGGCGGUGGUUUCUAAGUCCGCUGAUUGAAUAGCGCGGUGCCCGCUACGUGGAUUGCAUGUAGCGGAGAAGGCUUUUUUGUAUGAAGCAUAAUAAAGAUGCGAAAGAGAAGGAA